AUGGAUGAAGCUCUGAAAUCUCACAUGAUGCUGUCGUUCUCUGGUUGGGAGAAGAAGCCAACCUACUCCAAGUUCUUCGCCAUGUUGACUCCAUAUUCAGUGGCAAUUUUUAGGGAGAAGGGGGUUUUAAACAUGCAUCAACAAUCAUUUUGCUGGGCUCAGGUCAGAACGCACACAAUAAAAUUUCCUCUGCAAAGGCGUGAUGUAAGGGUGUUAUCAGAAAACGGGGAACAACUGGACAAGUGUGACAGUUACGCAUGCUCCAUUCCAACGUUGUUCUUGAAGUCAUCAUCUACAUAA